GGGGGGCCGGCCCUGGGGAUGGGGAAGGAGCAGGAGCUGCUAGAGGCGGCGCGCACCGGGCACCUCCCGGCCGUGGAGAAGCUACUGUCCGGGAAGCGGCUCUCCUCAGGCUUCGGGGGCAGCAGCGGCUCCGGGAGCGGCGGCGGUGGCGGCGGCGGUGGCGGCAGCGGCCUGGGCUCCUCGAGCCAUCCCCUCUCCAGUUUGCUCAGCAUCUGGAGAGGGCCAAACGUGAACUGUGUUGACAGCACUGGUUAUACCCCUCUGCACCAUGCCGCUUUGAAUGGCCAUAAGGAUGUGGUCGAGGUUCUUCUGAGGAACGAUGCACUAACAAACGUGGCUGACUGUAAAGGCUGUUACCCUCUGCACUUGGCAGCCUGGAAAGGAGAUGCCCAGAUAGUUCGGUUGCUCAUCCAUCAAGGGCCCUCCCACACCAGAGUCAAUGAACAGAAUGCUCUUGAGAUCAAAGAACUCAAAAAAUACGGCCCCUUUGACCCUUAUAUCAAUGCCAAGAACAAUGACAACGAGACAGCCCUGCAUUGUGCAGCACAGUAUGGCCACACAGAGGUGGUGAAGGUUCUCUUAGAGGAGCUAACGGAUCCCACCAUGCGCAACAACAAAUUCGAGACACCUCUGGACCUGGCUGCACUCUAUGGAAGACUGGAGGUGGUGAAGAUGCUCUUGAAUGCACACCCCAACCUCUUGAGCUGCAACACUAAGAAGCACACUCCUCUGCACUUGGCAGCAAGGAAUGGCCAUAAAGCAGUGGUCCAGGUCCUCCUUGAUGCUGGCAUGGAUAGCAACUACCAGACGGAGAAGGGCAGUGCUUUGCAUGAGGCUGCUUUGUUUGGCAAGACUGAUGUGGUGCAAAUCCUGCUGGCUGCAGGAAUUGAUGUCAACAUAAAAGAUAACCGUGGACUGACUGCCCUAGACACCGUCCGGGAACUGCCUUCUCAAAAGAGCCAGCAGAUAGCAGCACUUAUAGAAGAUCACGUGAUUGGAAAAAGAAGUGCAAAAGAUAUAGAUAAAACCCCAACAGCCCAACCACCUCUCAUCUCCAAUAUGGACUCCACAUCACAGAAUUCUCAGGGUGAUGUGGAGAAAGCAGUGACUGAACUGAUCAUUGAUUUUCAUACAAAUGUUGAAGAAGAGGGUCCUUAUGAGGUGCUGUACAAUGCUGUCUCCUGCCAUUCCCUGGACAGCAUGGCCAGUGGGCGAUCAUCUGACCGAGACUCCGUGAGCAAGGAGGCUGAGGCAGCAGGAGUGAAAGUUGCUGGAGUGAAGCCUAGAGAACGUCCACCUCCUCCAGCAAAGCCACCACCUGAAGAAGAGGAGGAAGACCGUAUAGAUAAGAAGUAUUUUCCCUUGACAGCUUCUGAGGUCCUGGCCACGAGACCCAGGAGCCAAGGAAGCGCAGCCAGGGAAGAGGAUGAGCACCCUUAUGAGCUGUUGUUAACAGCGGAAACAAAGAAAGUGGUGUCAGUGAAUGGAAAAGCAAAAGACCACAGGCAGAGCAACAGCAGCCGGAGCCAAGACUCUGUGGAGGGGCAAGACGGGCAGGUCCCAGAGCAGUUCUCAGGUCUCCUCCACGGCUCCUCCCCGGUGUGUGAGGUGGGGCAGGACCCUUUCCAGCUACUCUCUGCCACUGGACAGAGCAAUCCAGAAGCGUCCUCCAAGCAGGGCGCCUGCCACGAGGCCAGCAUGCAGCUGGAGGAGACGGGUGUGCACACUCCUGGAACCUCCCAAACCAGUGCCCCGGACCAGAAUAAGAGAGUGGGCUACUCAGCAGGCCUGCCCACCACCAACAACCAGAGGCAUCCCAAAAUUUUGACUCACACACUGUCUCCACACCCUGGUGGUGCUGAGGAAGAAGGAGACCAGAGCGGGGCCAGAAGCCGAGCCCCUCCCACCAGCAAACCCAAAGCUGAACUCAAACUCAGCCGCAGCUUGUCCAAGUCUGACUCUGAUCUCCUGACCUGCUCACCCACGGAGGACGCUACAAUGGGGAGCCGGAGCGAGUCCUUGUCCAACUGCAGCAUCGGGAAGAAGAGGCUGGAGAAGUCACCUUCCUUUGCCUCGGAGUGGGAUGAGAUUGAGAAAAUCAUGAGUUCUAUUGGAGAAGGGAUUGACUUUUCUCAGGAACAGCAGAUGAUCUCAGGUUCGCGGACGCUGGAGCAGAGCAUUGGGGAAUGGCUGGAGUCGAUUGGGCUGCAGCAGUAUGAGAGCAAGUUACUUCUGAAUGGCUUUGAUGAUGUCCGCUUCCUGGGGUCUAACGUGAUGGAAGAGCAAGACCUGCAGGAGAUUGGCAUCAGUGACCCACAGCACCGGCGGAAGCUCCUCCAGGCUGCACGGUCCCUGCCCAAGGUGAAGGCUCUUGGCUAUGAUGGCAACAGCCCCUCCUCUGUCCCCUCCUGGCUGGACUCCCUGGGGCUGCAGGACUACAUCCAUUCUUUCCUGUCAAGUGGCUACAGCUCCAUCGACACUGUGAAGAACCUCUGGGAACUGGAGCUUGUCAACGUCCUAAAGGUUCACCUGCUCGGCCAUCGCAAGCGCAUCAUUGCCUCCCUCGCAGACAGGCCCUAUGAGGAGCCGCCCCAGAAGCCCCCACGGUUUUCCCAGCUGAGAUGCCAAGACUUGCUCUCCCAGACGUCUUCUCCCUUAAGUCAGAAUGAUUCCUGCACUGGGCGAUCAGCAGAGCUGCUGCUGCCUCCUGGGGACACAGGCAGGAGGCGGCAUGACAGUCUCCAUGACCCUGCAGCCCACUCUCGAGCGGAGCGCUUCAGAAUCCAGGAAGAGCAACAUGAGGCCAAGCUGACCCUUCGUCCUCCGAGUCUGGCUGCCCCCUAUGCCCCUGUGCAGAGUUGGCAACACCAGCCAGAGAAACUCAUUUUUGAGUCCUGCGGUUACGAAGCCAACUAUCUGGGCUCCAUGCUGAUCAAAGAUCUGCGAGGGACAGAAUCUACACAAGAUGCCUGUGCCAAGAUGCGGAAAUCCACUGAGCACAUGAAGAAGAUUCCCACCAUCAUCCUGUCCAUCACGUACAAAGGCGUCAAGUUCAUCGAUGCCUCCAACAAGAAUGUCAUCGCGGAACAUGAGAUUCGGAACAUUUCCUGUGCGGCCCAGGACCCAGAAGACCUCUGUACCUUUGCCUACAUUACCAAGGACCUGCAGACCAGUCACCACUACUGCCAUGUUUUCAGCACGGUGGAUGUGAACCUGACGUACGAGAUCAUCCUGACGCUGGGGCAGGCGUUUGAGGUGGCCUAUCAGCUGGCCCUGCAGGCCCAAAAGUCCAGGCCAAUGGGGGCCUCUGCUGCUGAGAUGAUUGAGACAAAACCUUCCAAACCAGUGCCUAAGCCUCGGGUCGGCACAAGGAAAUCUGCACUGGAACCGCCCAAUAUAGACCAAGAUGCCCAAUCCCAUGCCAGCGUCUCCUGGGUUGUGGACCCAAAACCAGACUCUAAGCGGAGCCUCAGCACCAACUGAGCCACUGAGGAACCACAUUGUGCUGCGGAAACAUAGCUGUGGGAGCACAGGCUCCUGCCACCACCACCACCACCGUCUCACCUGCAGCUCUGAAGACCAGGUCCAACUUAUGCCUGUAGGAUCUCCUUUCAGCUGCUUGGCCUGGGCCUGCACCACAGGUCUUGCAGAGAGGCCCCUGCCCUGGCUACAGAGAAGCACUCCAGGUCUCUGGCAGACGAGACUAGAACUCCAGAGGGCCAAGAAGUGACUUGUCCAGUACACUUGUUUUUUAAAUAGGAAAAAAAAAAUGUUUUUUAAGAACAAAUUUUUAACACUUGGCUCAAACCAUCAGAAUGCCAGCCUUUAAACAAAUGGCCAUAGGGUCAGAGGAUAGGGGAACUGAGAUUGGCUAAAUGGCCAUUCUAUCCAGUCCUUCUAUCCUCAGCAUGGGAUCUUGUUAUGGUCCAGUGGGUCUGAAGAGAAGGCAGUAGCCUGUGGGUGAAUUGGAAGGAGCAGGCUCCAGGGACAAAAUUAAGGAUAUGUGUUAGAAUCUGUUCAUUGGACCUAACCAAGUUAGUUGCUGUUCUUUACAGACUGCACAACUUCUUGUUCCCGUUUAAAGCUGGUCACAGCCUAUUCGGUAAGAGGCACCUGAGCAAAAAUAAAGGCUUAUGUUCCAUUUCUGGGUUCCAAAUGUGAACAUCAGCAGCUAAGCAGAAGUGAGGCAGCAGCUUCUGAUGCAGUAAGUCUGGAGCUAGUGCCCAGGGAUCAGAGCACCACACUGGGCUGGUUGCCCACAAGCUCUCCACUGACACCAGACUGCCUGUGCUGAGUCAGAAAGGUGAGAGAGAAGAUUUGUUUUGGGCAUCAAUGGGUGGGUCACUUAAGACUGCUACCUGCCAGUUUGUGAUUUGUCUAAUCAGGUCUGUAUGGGGCUCAUUUUGAUUCUCUGAAUUAUUGGUUUGACUGUUGUAUUCUCAGCUGGUGGGGCUGAAAUAUACUUGCUCAUCCCUAGCUCCAAGUGAAGGAAAGGCUGAGGUGACAGUCUGAUUCUUCCCCAUGUGGCCUUCAGGACAGCCUGGCAUCCUCUCACACUGCUGCUGUUUCUACCCGCCUGCUGGUGUGCUUUGCUUCUCAGCUUCGGUGGUGUUCUCUUGGAGGGUAGCAGAAACAAAGGGGGCUCAUUCCUCUGUAGCUGAGAGGCAGGGCCAGCUCAGCCAUGUGAGUGGUACUUUCUGGUAUGGGUAGCUGAGAGGAGCAUUUCCUCCUGUAGGUACUUUAGCAGACCUCACGUUUUACUGGCACAGUUUAUUCUGCGCCUGUGAGAAAUCGAACAGGCUUCAGCAGCUGAAGCUUUCUUUGUCAGCAAAGGCUGUGAAUUUUUAGCCUCUGUGAUUGUCCGGAUGGAAGCAGUGCUCUCUCAGCUGACUGGGGGCCGGGCCUAUGGGAUUCCAGCACAGCAGGUCCUGGGACUCAGCUCCCCACUGGGGUGGAGGCAGGUUAUCCUCCUCUUCUCAGUACUACAUGAGGACCUUGACGUCUUGAAGUUUUUGACAUUGCUUCCUGCUCCUUUCAGGGCCUGUGAGGAUUUCCAUCCACUAAAACUGUACAGUAUUUAGCCUCUGCUUUCGUCUUAAGAAUUGACAAGGAAACCUAAGAUUCUUGGGCAGAUGUGCUGCUUCUGCUGCAAUGCUGAUGCUGGUGCCCUUUUUUUCAUCCUGAAGAAGAGCACUUCUUACCUAAGGCCUGGUUGGUGGUUGGCAACCCAAAAAGAAACCUGUGUACACUACAAUGAGUUCCUCAAGCUGUUUUUUUGUUUUGUUUUGAAAUCAUAUUUAGGUGUUUUCUCCCCCUUGAAGCUGCUAUGUAUAUCUUCUUUAUUUAUUCCAGGUGUUUUUAGAUUGGAAAGCCUUGACUAGUCCUCUCUGGCUCUGGGUUUUGUUUUGAGAUCAGUUUAUUUCUGAAUAUUCAAAAAAGGAAAGUGACUGGGUCUUUCUUUUUUUCUUCCUUUCCUUCUUUACUUUUUUUUUUUAAUCCUUUUCUGGGGAGGGUACUCCCUUAGAAAGGAAUGUUGAAACUUUAAGGACAGGCUUCAAGUGGGAAAACCCCUGCUUUUGCACUUCUCUAAGUGCAAGGCAUGCAAUCUGGCAAACUCUGUCACUGCAUUUCUGAACUGUGAAGGAGCCCCUUUAGGUGGGAAACUUAAAGUGGGUUCGGUACUGUCACUGACUGCAGGCUCUCUGCUGCUCUUUCUCGUCUGCUUGCAGUAUGAUUUUCCUCCUGAUGGGCUCUGCCUUUGCAACGCUCUGCAUGCUUCUUGGGUCUCUAGAGUCAGAUACUGGGGAGUUCCUUGAGAAGCCUCAAGUGAGAGCAGGCAGCAAGCAUAGUUGCAGUCGUCAAAAUACUAGAAAGCUAGUCUGGACUUGGACUGUCUUUCAGCUCACCUCAGACACCCAGGCCUGCAGAAGGACUGUCAGAUGCAGUUCACAAAAGAGUGUUUUUGCUAAUGGUGUGGCAAUGGGACUGAAUUUUUUAAAAAAUGUUAUUUAAACUUUGUCUCUGUAUUUUGAUACUUGAAUGACUUCCCCUUUUAUUUUACUGUACAUAUGAUUGUUAUUCUGUCCAAUUUUUGUCAGAAUUAUAAACAUCCUGUGGUACCAAACAUAACCAAUCUGUGCAACAACAUAGACUGACCUCACUACACAAGACAGCGUGUAAAUAUCCCUGGGCGUCCAGCUUUGUUUUUUUUUGUUUUGUUUUGUUUUGUUUUCUCUAACUGUACAACUUAGAACAGACUGAAUUAAUAAACAAGAAUCAACUUAAAA